AUGCCCCUCGAAUUCUACAUCCUUCCCACUUCCCCCAACUACACCUGCCUCGACCGCUUCAGCCUCUACCCUUGCCCAUCUCCUCCCGAAGACAGCGCCGGAAACGUCCCCUUUUGGCCCAUCUUUGAGUCUCUUCUUGGUCCCUCUAAUCUGAUACGUUCCUCCUCCCCACUCAUUUCCCUCCUCGAAACAAUUUCCUUCACCCUCACUGGCUCCACGUCACCUGCAACAGAUCAUAAUCUCCUCCGCGACGCCAUCUCCGAAUUCCCCAACUUUUAUACGAGAACAUGGCCCCAAAUAGCGGCCAUAGCACUAGCUAUGCCUGCACUCUUUCCCAUGGGAUAUAUCCCCGUCCUCGGACGGUCUAGCACCGAAUUACGCCUUUCUCGUAAACAAGCGGCAUGUUUAGUUGUGCAUCAAUUCUUGCGCACAAUGCGUGCGCCGGAGUGGAGAACGGACGGGACACACGACUUUGGGAUUUGGUAUUCUCAAGAGGGUCAGCGGCAGGAGAGUGCAACGAGGGCUUAUCUGAAGGCGGCGAUAACCUAUUUUGAGGAGGUGAUUCCAAAGUUGGACGGGGGGGAGGAUGAGUGGGGUGUGGUUUACUCUCUGCGGUCGCUGGGAAGGGAGAGCGCUCUUCCGGACGGGGAGGCGUGUCAGCUUGGGGAGGUGCAGGUGGAAGUCGUGGAAGAGUAUGAUGUCCUGCCGGGGAGUUUGGGCCUCCCUGGAGGCGCGGCGGUAGUGUCGGCAAAUCGGUACGUUGGAUUUGGGCAGUCGGCGACGCAGGAGGAGGUUCAUGUCGGUACGUCGCCUGAGGCGUGCCCGGUUGUGUUGGUCACGCCGCCUUUGGAGGAUGAUCAGGUCUUGGUCGUUCAGGGUGCUAUGGGCAUGGUCAACGUGAUCGGCCAGCGGAGGAAUAUCAGGCUAGAGCCGAUGAGAACAUCUGACUGCGCAGUGACGAGGUGGAGAGAGAGGAGGAUGUUGUUCAUGGAUGCGUUGGAACUCGACUUGGUCGAGGAGGGUUCUGACGAGGGGCCAUGGAUUCUGCCCGAUCUCCGGCCCGGCAACGUUGAUCGGGAGAUUCGAAAGGCAUACACGGCGUUCUGCUCGGAAGGGUUCACAGAGGUGCGCACUGGCUUCUGGGGCUGCGGAGCAUUCGGUGGGGAUCCUGUUGUUAAGGCUCUCAUCCUCUGGUAUGCAGCCUCGCUUGCAGGGAAAAGGCUCGUUGUGGUUUGUGACAAACUUAGCCAGUCCGUCGCCGAAGAGCUGCAGGAUCUCUUAUCAUCCAUCAAGGCCCAACCUUCCUGGGUCGCAAAAGAUAUCGUCCGUUUGCUCGACGGCGCGCCGGGCGACUUGGUUCGCUACCAAACUUCCUCUUGGUUCCGAGUCGCGGCGGAGAACGUCGUGAGGGAUGCUAGGUAA